AGACCGCUUAUGUUACAUGGCCACGAAAGGGCCGUGACGAAAAUCAAGUAUAACCGAGAGGGGGAUCUUCUCUUCACGGCUUCGAAGAGUUCUUGGCUCAAUGUUUGGUACUCUGCAAAUGGAGAACGUCUUGGAACCUAUGGUAAACCCGCGACAGAUAACGAACCUGGGUACGGCCACUCUGGUACCAUCUGGUGUCUGGAUGUGGAUUGGAUGUCACAGUUUGUCAUCACUGGUGCCGGUGACAAUUUCAUGAAACUCUGGGACCUUGAGACAGGCAAAACACUGUCAAGCGUGGCAACGAAAUCAGCCGUAAGAUCCCUCGGGUUUAGCUUUUGUCGAAACCUUGCAUUUUAUUCUACCGACAAGGCGAUGAACAAUCCAUCAGAAAUCUUCGUCAUUGAUACGAGGGAUCGAGACUCGCUUGGUAAGUCAACAGCAUUUCAAACAGAAUUGCAUUCUAAUGAAAUUCUCUGGUUUUUUUUUACGAGAGAGAUUUCUGAUACUAUGCCUCGGUAUUUUUUUUUCCUUCCUGAAGGAAAUCAACCCGUGAUGAAGUUUGACAAUUUCUAUGACAAAGUCACCGCUGGUCUCUGGGGAAGUCUGGACGAAUUCAUCGUCAGUGGACACGAAAGCGGAGCUUUAACACAGUGGUGCAUGAAGACUGGGAAACAGAUCGACAAAAGCGACAGCGAUCAUACUGAUAGUAUUCGUGACAUGCAAGCCAGUGUAGAUGGAACCAUGUUCGUUACUUCGUCUAAAGAUUGCUACUCGAAAUUGUUUGACACGGAUUCUCUGGAAUGCAUGAAGAGUUUCAAGACCGAUCGACCCGUGAAUUCCGCUGCCCUGUCUCCCAAUUUUGAGCAUGUUGUCUUGGGUGGUGGUCAAGAAGCCAUUGAGGUAACAACAACGUCUGCACGACAGGGAAAGUUUGAAGCACGUUUCUUCCAUGUAAUCUUCGAAGAGGAAUUUGCACGUGUGAAGGGACAUUUCGGUCCCAUCAAUUCCGUUGCCUACCAUCCUGAUGGGAAGAGUUACAGUUCGGGAGCUGAAGAUGGUUACGUUCGUAUCCAAACCUUUGACGACUCGUAUUACAAAUUCAAGUUCGAUUUUUGA